CUGAAACACAGUGAUGCAAAAAGUGUCAGCGUGAGGUGAGCGCACACAAGCAGGUGGACCGAGAUCACAAAAUAAACAGGCAGAGAAAAAUUAAAGGAAAAGUGGAUUGCGUUCAAACAGUGCUGGAAAGUCCUUUUCAUACGAUUACGUUUUUUUCUGACUGGCAAACUGGAUAUCUGGAUGCCGACAGGUAUAAUGCAUAACAAUCACGUCCGGAGUGUUUACCUCUAGGCGUGGUGGAAACUCAUCCUCAAGACGCAACAUUUGUUCUGCUGUUGCCCCCCUCUCCAAGAAGCCAAGACGUUGCUCCGCACAGAUUCGUGUGGCCCCAAUCCGAGGCGCGGUGCCCGUUUGGGAAGGUCGGCUCUCGGUCCCCUCCAGGGCGGAAUGAUGGUGCACUGCGCGGGGUGCGAAAGGCCCAUUCUGGAUCGGUUCCUCUUAAAUGUUCUCGACCGUGCAUGGCACGCAAAGUGUGUCCAGUGCUGCGAGUGUAACUGCAACCUAACAGAAAAAUGCUUCUCGAGGGACGGAAAGCUCUAUUGCAAAAUUGACUUUUUCAGGCGUUUUGGUACGAAAUGUGCGGGCUGCUCGCAGGGCAUUUCGCCCAGCGACCUCGUGCGAAAAGCGCGCAACAAAGUGUUUCACCUGAACUGCUUCACGUGCAUGGUGUGCAACAAACAGCUGUCCACGGGCGAGGAGCUAUACGUCAUCGAUGAAAACAAAUUUGUGUGCAAAGAGGACUACAUGAGCGCGAGCGCUAUCAAAGAAGUCAAUUUAAACUCAGUGUCGUCAUGUACGGACCGAAGUUUAUCACCUGACCUGCCGGACGCGAUACAGGACGACACGAAAGAGACGGACAAUUCAACAUCUUCAGAUAAAGACACUAACAACAACGAAAACGAGGAGCAAAAUGCCUGCACGAAAAGAAGAGGACCGCGCACUACCAUCAAGGCGAAACAGCUGGAAACGCUGAAAGCCGCGUUCGUGGCCACGCCGAAGCCCACGCGACACAUCCGAGAGCAGCUUGCGCAGGAGACAGGCCUCAAUAUGAGAGUAAUACAGGUGUGGUUUCAAAACCGGCGGUCCAAAGAACGCAGAAUGAAGCAGCUCAGUGCUCUCGGAGCUCGACGGCACGCUUUCUUCAGGGGACCCCGCAGGAUGAGGCCACUAGGAGGAAGACUAGAGGACCCUGACAUCCUGGGCCCUGGAGGAUACAGUUACUAUGGAGAAUACCAAGGUGAUUACUAUGGUCCAGUGGUCAACUACGAUUUUUUCCCACACGGACCCCCGUCCUCCCAGGCACAGUCUCCAGCCGAGUCCCCUUACCUCUUAAGCGCAGGUUCCGGAGCCCUUGAGGGCGGCCCGGUUUCUGCUCAUCACCCAUCAGAUGACCAAAGGUUCACGGACAUGAUUUCUCACGCAGACACCCCCAGCCCUGAGCCCGGCAUGACCGGCCCACUCCAUCCCAAUUCACAGGGGGAAGCCGGCUUUCCAGGAGGUCCCAGCCCACCGUUCCCCCUAGCCAACAACACAAGUUACAGCGGUCCCAUGUCCCAUCCUGGUCAAGAGAUGGGGGAGAAUACGGUUUGGUAGGGUUGGGAAUUCUGGACUGAGAUGAGGUUUGGGAUAUGACUAUGAACUAUGGACACUGAUGGGACUUUCCAACAGUCUACCUAAACCUCACUCUCCCUAUCAGGAGUAUCACCUUAGUGCUCUACAUUACUGAGGGAGGAGACCCUGGCUGGUCAUGACCAGAACAAAACAUAUUCACCCAAUAUUUGGACACAGGACUUUCCAUAAAUCGAGUGUCAACUGCAAAUGACCACCUUCUCUCCAAAAUUAGUUUCUACUGUCAAAGGAUAAGUAUUGCUGACGGCUCACAAUGGUUUGCUAUGGUUUCGAUAUUAUGAUUGUGCCAUAAACGACAUAGCUCAAAUGUUUGUCCAAGGGUUUUUCUACUGCUGAUUAGUAAAGUUGUCGAACCGCUUCCAAAUAAGUGAGUAUGCUGGUUGCACUGUUGCUAAAUGCGCUUGAUGCAUUUGAUCCUGAAUGCAUUUGAUGGUUACUUUCAGAAGUUAACUAGUACUUUAUCAUCUUCAUCACUGUUGGCUUUAGUUCCUUCCUUUUUUAAUAUACAGAGGCUCAAUUUGUUCAGAUUUAAAUGUUAUUAUUUCUUUCUGUCUUACAACUGGUCCAUAUGUAACAUAUUUGGUUAAUUCAUUAAUUGAUGAAUUGGUUCAUUAAACAUUUCGAUGAACACUGA